AUGGCUGCAGCUGAGGCACUUUUUCACCCAAGCCUGGCCCUGGGCGUCUCCCCAGGACACUCGGUUGUGCUGGGAAACAUGGAGGAGCCCCAACCUGAACACUUCCCACGUCUCACCCCGCAGGUGCUCGGCUUACUGGUGUGGGCUCUCAUCGCUGACACAACGUACUACCUCCACGCGGCAUAUGCCUGGGUGAUGUUCGUGUCCAUCUUCUUCUGGAUAUUAACAGUCCUUUUCUUCGUGGCUUACCUCCUGCAGCUUCAGCUGAAGUUCUACAUGAUCCCCUGGUCUCUUGUGCUGAUGAUCUUCAACGCUGUGGCAACCGUCCUGUACAUCACCGCCUUCGUAACUUGUGCGGCGGCUGUGCAGCCUACGUCCUGGCGGCAGUGGGAUUACAACCGGAGAGCUGCAGCAUCUUUCUUCGCCUGUGUCACAAUGAUCACCUACGGGGUGAGCACCUUCUUCAGCUUCCGUGCCUGGAAAGGGCUUGGCAGUAACGCAGCCACCAGCCAAGUGACUGACCACGCAUAG